AGUGAUGUAGAGCACCCUCUCUCUGAGCUGAAACACUUGUCAGACUCUGGAUAUAAGAAAUGUUCUACAGAGAAGAAUAAAUGUAGGAAAGGCAACACAGGAGUUAAGCUCAGCUGCAAAGACUGUGGCAAAACAUUGAUGGGAAAAUCAGCUUUAAACAGACACAUGAGAAUCCACACAGGAGAGAAGCCUUUCUGUUGUGAUCUAUGUGGACAAAGCUUUAGUCUCAAAUCUAGUUUAAACACACACAUGAGAAUCCAUACAGGAGAGAAGCCUUUCUGUUGUGAUCUAUGUGGACAAAGCUUUAGUGUCAAAUCUAGUUUAAACGCACACAUGAGAAUCCAUACAGGAGAGAAGCCUUUCUGCUGUGAUCAAUGUGGACAAAGCUUUAAUCGAAAAGGAAGUUUAAACACACACAUGAGAAUCCAUACAGGACAGAAGCCUUUCUGUUGUGAUCUAUGUGGACAAAGCUUUAGUCGAAAAUCACAUUUAAACACACACAUGACAAUCCAUACAGGAGAGAAGCAUUUCUGUUGUGAUCUAUGUGAAAAAAGAUUUAGAGACAAAUCUAGUUUAAACACACACAUGAGAAUCCAUACAGGACAGAAGCCUUUCUGCUGUGAUCUAUGUGGACAAAGCUUUAGUCAAAAAUCACAUUUAAACAAACACACGAGAAUCCACACAGGACAGAAGCCUUUCUGUUGUGAUCUAUGUAAACAAAACUUUAGUCGAAAAGACACUUUAAAUGACCACAUGAGAAUCCAUACAGUAAUACUAAUUUAACCUUUUUGAGACAUAAAAAGACAACAAAUAAACAUUUAAGUACGGUUUAUAGGUGGGUUCUGCAUUGUUAUAAGAUGAGUAUAAAACUCAUCUUUAGAACCAAUCUCUGCUCAAAAUGGUGAUCAGCCAAAAUCUACUUUCAUCAGUUAUCAGUUAUUGGAACCGUAAAUUGCAGAAAAUACAGGCAGAGCGGUUCCUUCUGAGUUUACUCUCUGCUCCUUUCAGAAUGAGCUGCAGUGCGUUAUAAGGCGGAGGGAUGUUUCAGCGUCAAUUAAUUUAGAGCCCAAACAAGCGACUUCACUUUCAGAAACAAGCCCAGAAAACUGCAACCCACAACUCAUGAAAUUUACAAGCGACUUAAAAAAAUUAGAUCAAAGUUGCAUAAAAUAAGUGGGCUUCGCAACAGUGAGCAAUGUUUAUAAGGUUGUCAUAUCACUCUGCCCCUCUGAUCGGUGAACAAAUGUUCCGGCAAAUUCUACAUUAUAAAAAAGAAAAACCUACCGAAAAGUCUCGCUCUCAUGUCAUGUUGAAGACAUUCUU